GUGUGUAUAUACCCAAUGGAAGCAUACCAAGGUGACAAUUUAUACAAGAAGUUUGUGAAGAUUUCAAAGAAAUACAAAAAUGGCUUCCAAACCAGGGUUUCUAACUGACUGGCCAUGGACAUGUCUUGGCACCUACAAGUACGCGCUUUUGGCUCCUUUUGCAAUACACGCGACGUAUUCAUACAUGACCAAGGGCGAGGGCGAAAGGGAUCUUUCCAAGUUUCUUAUACUUCCCCUUUUAAUAUGGAGAAUGGUGCACAACCAACUAUGGAUUUCUUUCUCCCGAUAUCGCACGGCGCAAGGAGCCAACCGUAUAGUUGACAAGAGCAUCGAAUUCGACCAAGUUGAUAGGGAGAGAAAUUGGGAUGACCAAAUAAUAUUUAACGGAUUAUUUUUCUACAUAGCGCAAAAUUACAUCAAGAGGGCUCAAGAUUUGCCGUUGUGGCGGAUGGAUGGGGCAAUCUUGAUUGCUUUGCUCCAUGCCGGGCCGGUCGAGUUUUUAUACUAUUGGUUGCACCGCGCGUUGCACCACCACUUUCUCUACUCGCGCUACCACUCCCACCACCACUCCUCCAUCGUCACCGAACCCAUCACUUCUGUGAUCCAUCCAUUCGGCGAGAUCUUAGCAUACUACGCGCUGUUUAUAAUCCCCAUUUUUACAACGAUAUGGAAUGGGACAGCUUCAAUUCUUUCGAUCUUUGGCUACGCCACUUACAUCGACUUCAUGAAUAACAUGGGACAUUGCAACUUCGAACACAUCCCCAAAUGGAUCUUCUCGGCAUUCCCUCCACUCAAGUACAUCAUGUACACACCGUCGUUCCAUUCAUUACACCACACUCAAUUUCGGACGAAUUACUCUCUAUUCAUGCCUUUCUACGACUACGUCUAUGGCACAAUGGAUCAAUCCUCGGAUUUGUUGUACGAGAAGUCUCUAGUAAGAAAAGAGGAGUCGCCCGACUUGGUACACUUGACUCAUCUAACUACGCCUAAUUCGAUAUACUAUCUUCGAUUAGGAUUCGCCUACUUGGCUUCCGAGCCACACAAGUCCAAGUGGUACUUGUGGCUAAUGUCGCCUGUCACUUUAUGGUCGACGGCCAUCACUUUGAUCUAUGGCCGUACUUUCAUCGUUGAAAGGAAUCUCUUCAAACGUUUCAAAUUGCAAACAUGGGUUGUCCCCAAGUACACCGUUCAAUAUUUUAUGCAAUGGCAAAGGGAAUCAAUAAAUAAAAUGAUUGAGGAUGCGAUACUUGAAGCCGAGGAGAAAGGAGUUAAAGUGCUAAGCCUAGGGCUCUUGAAUCAGGCCGAGGAGCUCAAUAGAAAUGGUGAGUUGUUCAUAACAAGGCAUCCGAAGUUGAAAGUAAAACUAGUCAAUGGAAGUAGUUUAGCUGUUGCUAUUGUGUUAAAUAGCAUUCCGAAAGGAACAAGUCAAGUGCUACUUCGAGGCAAUCUAAAUAAGGUUGCUUAUUCGAUCGCCCUAACCCUAUGCCAAGAGGGAGUCGAGGUAUUCACUCUUCGCGAGGACGAGUAUAAGAAGCUCAAGUUGAGUUUUAAUAGCAAGGCCACAAAUAUAUUGGCCCUCUCUCAACAAAAUCUUCCCAAGGUAUGGUUGGUCGGAGAUGGACUAAGCGAUGAUGAUCAGUCGAAGGCAUCGAAAGGGACAAUAUUCAUCCCUUUUUCCCAAUUUCCUCCGAAGAAAGCGCGCAAAGAUUGUGUGUACAACUACACACCAUCAAUGUUGGCUCCGAAGCAUUUUGAGAAUGUCGACUCUUGUGAGAACUGGCUCCCGAGACGAGUGAUGAGUGCACAGCGAAUUGCGGGAAUACUGCAUGCUGUCGAAGAUUGGAGUGAACAUGAGUGUGGGAAUACGAUGUUCGACAUUAAUAAGAUAUGGCAAGCCAGCCUCGAGCAUGGUUUCCGUCCCCUGACAACAUCGUAUGCCUUGUCAGAACAGAAGUAUAGGAAUUAAUGUGAUCAUAUAUUCUUCAUCAGGUGAUUGCAGGGAUUAAUGCCAUAAAAUUUGUGUUUGUUUGAUGAGCUUAGAGAGACUAUGUAAGAGUGGUGGUUGCAUAUGUGCUUAUGUUGAAGACAUAAUAUUCAUCGAAUAAAAUUGACAA